GCGAAGCAAAUUCGUAGUGUAUAAAGUGUUUUAAGUAACUGCGUAUUUUACUGUAUUCUGGAGAAUUUCAGCGAUAUUAGGUGAUCAAGGGAUUAGUGUAAAAACAAUAGAAUGGCAGCAGCAAGGAGAUCAGGGAGGCUCACUAUCUUCGUGCGCUUUAACUCCAACACAAACAUACCAGUCACCAUUGAUCCACAAUGGACAGUUUUAAGGCUGAAACAAGAGAUAGCUACCAAUCAAGGAGUUGAGGCUUCAGAAUUAAGAAUAAUUUUUGCUGGGCGAGAACUAAAAGAUGACCUUCAACUGAAGGAUGCUGAGAUACCUCACCAAAGUGUUAUUCAUGCUGUCCGAGGUGGCCGCUGGUCAGCCAGACCAAGUAGACCUGGCCAAGUAAUGCCACUGGCCAGACUUAGACUUUCAACUGUUGGUGAGGAUGAAGAGGAAGUAGCAAGUUCAACAGAUGGAGCAUCUUCCAGGCGGCAGGCCCAGUAUUUUGUUUACUGCAAGACUUGUAAACAGGUUACUGCUGGAAAGUUGAGGGUUUGUUGCUCACAAUGCAAAGAAGGGGCAAUUGUUCUUCAGCAGGAUCCAAGUAGUUGGGAAGAUGUCUUGAAAUCAGGAAGAAUUAGAGGAUCAUGUAAAAAAGCAGGCUGUGAUGGAAACAUAGUGGAGUUUUACUUUAAGUGUGCACAACAUCCUGCUUCUGAGGGAGACAGAUGUGUUGCACUACCUUUGAUUCGAGCAAACACCAGAGAAAUCCCUUGUUUGGCCUGUGCUGAUGACAGGGAUCCUGUUUUGGUUUUUCCUUGUCCCGAUGGACACGCUGUUUGUUUGGAGUGCUUUGCAAUCUACUCCACAACAAAACUGAAUGACAGGCAGUUUGUGCACAGCGACACAUACGGAUAUACUCUGCCCUGCCCGGGAAGUUCAGGUAGCUGUAACAGCGCACUAAUUUCGGAGGCUCAUCAUUUCCGGGUGCUCGAGCCUGAUCAGUACGACCGCUAUCAGAGGUUUGGAACCGAGGAGUAUGUAUUGAAAGAGGGUGGUGUGCUAUGUCCAGGGCGUGGCUGCGGAAUGGGCCUUUUGCCAGCACCAGGCAUGCGCUGUAUCAGGUGUGAUUAUUGCCAGUUUGAGUUCUGUAAAGAGUGCAAGGAGCCCUUUCAGCGAGGUCACUCGUGUAAUCAGACGCAGUCAAAUCCAACAACAAAUGCCAGGGCUAGUAAUUACCGAGUCAAUUUAGAAAACGCGAGACGAGCGCGCUGGGAGGCUGAGGCGAGACAAGUGAUUGAGCAGAUCAGCAAGAAGUGCCCCGGAUGUCAGACAAAUACUGAGAAAAAUGGUGGAUGUAAUCAUAUGACGUGUUCUCGCUGCCACUUUGAAUGGUGCUGGGUUUGUUUAAUUCGUUGGAAUCCCGAUUGUCAGGGCACUCACUGGUUUAGGGUGUGACCGCCAUGUCAUCCAAUCUCGUUAGGAUGAGAUGCUUGCAUUACAAAGAAUUUGCUAGUCUAGGAAAAUCUUUGGAGAUCUAGAGUAGAAGGAGAAAUGAAAAUUAGGUGUAUUUUUUGCCAGUUAUUUAACAGGUUAGAACUUCAAUCGAAAAGUAGCAGUAGAAUAAAUGGGUAAGUUUUUUAGAAACUACUGUAGAAACGGAAAGGGAAACGUGUGUCGUCUGUCAGUGAAACGAACUGUGUGAUGUUCGUUCACACUAGUUCAAAUCGCAUUAUAAUUAGUGCAGACUAAAGUUGAGGAAUGCAUUGGAAUAGAAAAAUUGUUUUAAGUAGUAAACUGCAUGUAAGGUUUUAGAGUAACUUAAGAUUUAGUUAAGAUUCGCGAAGUGAUUUGUAAGAGACCGUAAUAUGUUCCAAGUAGACACAUUUGCGUGGCAACCGUAUUAGAAGAAAGUUCCUUUAUUCGAUGCUUCAGUUAACAAAAUUUGAUACCGUUAACUUGCUUCAUCUCAGCAGUGCUCAUUGCUUAAUUUUAAGAUAUCUUUAAUCUUCCAAAACUUUCUACUGUAACGUGGAUAGCUGUAAGCAUACCAGGUAAAACUUGAUAUAUAAUGUCCUACUUCGUAACUGAUGAACUUGUAUCUAAUUUUUU